UCUGUUCGAUAUUCCGCAGCCACCGGGGCCUCUGGAGAGGCAGCUUUCAUUUUCCAUUUCAUUCUUGUGUGUGGUCUUAGCGAGGGCCAGCCUGGCUCUGUAAUUCGGGGACAACUCUAGUGGAGUUUCUCCUGCCUACCUGCUACAACCGCAGUCAUCUCUGUUCAGCUUGGAGAAACGGUUUCUUCGUCCCUAAGCCCAGCACUUGGUUGUGUUGCCAAACAGUCGCUGCGCUGCCUGCUGCCCAGCUUGUGAUGACGGGACCAAGGCCAGUAGUUCUGAGCGGACCUUCCGGUGCAGGGAAGAGCACUUUGCUGAAGAAACUGAUGAAGGAUUACGAGAACGUCUUUGGCUUCAGCGUGUCCCAUACCACAAGGAAACCAAGAGCUGGAGAAGUGAAUGGGAAAGAUUACCAUUUUGUGACCAGAGAAAAGAUGCAGGAGGAAAUUGACACCGGAGGGUUUGUUGAACAUGCGGAGUUUUCGGGGAACAUGUACGGCACAAGUAAAGCUGCUAUACAGGCCGUCCAGGCGCAGAACCGGAUCUGCAUCUUGGACAUCGACAUGCAGGGUGUGAAGAGCAUCAAGAAGACAGACCUCAACCCCAUCUACGUCUCCAUCCAGCCUCCGUCCAUUGAAACCUUGGAAAAAAGGCUACGAGAGAGGCAGACGGAAACGGAGGAAAGCUUGCAGAAGCGACUGAAUGCAGCUUGUGUAGACAUGGAACUUAGUAAGGAGCCCGGCCUUUUCGACUUGAUCAUUGUUAACGAUGAUUUAGACAAAGCGUAUUCGGAACUGAAGAAGAUUCUCGCAGAGGAAAUCCAGAAGGCACAGGGAUGCAAGAAGUCCUGAGUGACCACAGUACAGAUGCUUGAACCUUGUAUAGACCAUUCCUGAUGUCUUUCACUGCUUGUUAAGCUGCACAAGAGAGAAAGAGACCCACAUUCCUUUUUAGCCCCAUUCUCCUUCUCCCUCCUCCCCCCAGCCAUGGAAUUGUUCUAGGGCACUUUCUAUUAAAGAAAAAAAUACCUAACCAACCAA